AUGCAAGACAAUAUUGGUGCACCAGUGGCAUGGCAGGUUCAGUUAUAUACUUGGGCUGUGUCUUGGGAAUGUGUGCUAAAAGCAAAUGAGUUAUUAUACAUCUUUCAGACCUCAGGAGUGAACCAGAAUUGGCAUAGUCUUCAUGUAUACCGUGUGAGGUGGUAUCUUGUAUGGUUUUCUUUGGGGUACUGUUGUUUAGUUGGCGUUGGUAGUUUUGGACUGAAGAUGUACCCGGUCAUUGGAGGCCUCAUCUUUUGUAUGAACAUCCUAUACCCUCUGUUCUAUUUCUUCUUGCCUCCCUAUUUCCUUCUCUCUUUUUUUUCACUCUCUUGCUAG